AUGUCGCAUACGCAACCCUCGCCCACCGCGGGGGUAGCCCAGCACCACGCCGCCAUGGCCGCGCACGCCCAAGUCAAUGGUCAUAUGCCUUCUGCCGCCAUUCCCGCGCAAGGCCAGAAGGGAGUCUCCCUCACCACGGCCCAGAAGAUCGCCGCCCUCAAUGAGCAGGUGUGGCUGCAAAUCGGCAGCUUGACCGAACUAAUGGGCGAUUUGGAUGGUGCCAUGAAUGCGUAUGAACAGGCUCUGCGCCACAACCAAUGGUCGAUUCCGGCCAUGAAUGCCAUCUCUUGCAUCCUGCGUACCAAGGAACAGUUCCCCAAAGCGAUCGAGUACCUUCAGAACAUCUUGAAGCUGGACCCCACCAGUGGAGAGACCUGGGGCAGCUUGGGUCACUGCCAUUUGAUGAUGGAUAACCUGCAAGAGGCCUACACCUCCUACCAGCAGGCUCUGUACCACCUGCGCGAUCCGAAGGAGCCCAAGUUGUGGUAUGGAAUUGGUAUCCUGUAUGAUCGCUAUGGAUCCCUGGAUCACGCCGAGGAGGCCUUCUCUCAGGUCAUGCGCAUGGCUCCUGAGUUUGAGAAGGCCAACGAGAUUUAUUUCCGUCUGGGCAUCAUAUACAAGCAGCAGCAGAAGUUCAGUCAGAGUCUGGAGUGCUUCAAGUACAUUGUCAGUGAUCCGCCACGCCCUCUGACCGAGGAGGAUAUCUGGUUCCAGAUCGGUCACGUUCACGAGCAACAGAAGGACUUCGACUCUGCUCAGGCUGCCUACCGACGCGUCCUGGACCGCGACCCCAACCACGCCAAGGUCCUUCAGCAGCUGGGAUGGCUCUACCACCAGCAGAGCAACAGCUACGCGAGCCAAGAGAAGGCCAUUGAGUACCUGGAGAAGUCCGUGAGUGCCGACAACGGCGAUGCGCAAAGCUGGUAUCUGCUCGGUCGCUGCUACAUGUCUCAGGCCAAAUACCCCAAGGCCUACGAAGCCUACCAGCAGGCAGUCUACCGCGAUGGUCGCAAUCCCACCUUCUGGUGCUCGAUUGGUGUGCUCUACUACCAGAUCAAUCAAUACCGCGAUGCGCUCGAUGCUUACUCUCGUGCGAUUCGCCUCAACCCGUACAUUUCCGAGGUGUGGUAUGACUUGGGCACCCUUUACGAGUCGUGCAACAACCAGAUUGCCGACGCUCUCGAUGCCUACGGCCGUGCUGCGGACCUUGACCCGAGCAACGUCCACAUCAAGGCCCGUCUGCAGCUACUCCAGAGCCAGCUAUCUGGCUCUGCUCAGCAAAGCAACGCCCCAGCUCCUCAGCCCCAGGAUGUGCACCCUCAGGCCUACCAGGCGCCCGGUGUUGGUGCUCCUCCUGCACCUCAGUGGGGUGCCCCCGCCCCGGCUCCUGCACCUGCUCCGGUUGGCCCUCCGCCUCAGGCCCCCGCUCCCCCACGGCAGAUUGCAGACUGGAACCGGGGUAUCAAUGAGCUGCAGUCGCAACAGCCCCCCUUGCCACCCGCGAAUGGCCUUGACCAGCGUGAUGCCGGUCGUGCUCCUGGUGCUGCUCCUCAGGUCAGCCCUCGUCAGGAGCCUGGCCGGGCGUUCCCCGACCCUGCUCGUGCCGGCGCUCCUCCUCGCUCACCCAAGAUGGGCGGCCCCAGUGCUUACCCUCCGCCUCACACCCUGCCCCAGCUGGGAAAUGCGCCUGCCUCCGGUCAUGAGCGUGCCCCCAGUGGUGGCAAUGCGCCCUUCGGCGCUGCUGCUCGCGGUCCUCUUCCUCCUGCGCCCACUGGUGCUCCGGCUCCUAGUGGUCCUAACGGUGGUGCCGCUCCUGGUGCCCCUGCUCCCCCUUACGGACACCGUCCCUUCACCCCUCCUACUGAGAUCCGUCCCAUUCGCGAUGAGCGUCCCUCCUCCCCUGGCUCGGGCUACCCCCACCAGCAGUACCACCACGGCCCGAGCGCUCCCACUUCGGGCGGCAGCACUACGGGUAUCGCUUCCGGUGCCCCGGCCCCUGCGUCGGCUGCCGCAGCUGCUGAUGCAGCUGCUCGCGAGCGUGGCGAUGACCGUCCCGGGUCUGCGAUGAAACGCGGACGUGAAUGGGAAGGCGAAACCGGCCCUGUCAAGAAGCAGGCUAGCGAUGAGAACCGCGCUCGCCUGGAUGACCAGAACAGCCGUCGCCCAAGCCCGCCUGCUCGUCUGCCCUCUCCUGGUGAGAUGCAGCAACGCAGCUCGUCUGAGGCCCGUCGCGAGGAUGCUCGCCGGGCCAACGAGAACUAUCACCCCUCCGAGGCGGCUCACCACCCUCCCACCUUGCCGUCCAUUCAAAACAUGCCUCCCCAUGCCGCUGGGGGACCCAGCCUUCCUCCUAUGGCUGAGAGCUCUGCUCCCCCUUCCUCCAACGGACCCCCUUCCGGUCCUCCUUCGGCUAACACGCCGGUCAAGGAGGAGCCUCCCCGGCCGGAGGCGCCCUCGUCGCACGAGCCCGCCGCUCGGAAGAUGGAUGUUGACGAGGACUACGAUGACGAUGUAGAUGAGGAGAAGAAGGCUGGCGCCGUCGCCAAGGGUUCCCCCAACGGCAGCGCCGCGGGCACCACCACCACCAACGGAAAUGGAGUCAGCAACGGCCGUCCGGGCACGCCCUCGAAGACUGAGGCUGCGUAA